CUCUAAACACCCCACACCACAACCGUUCUCUAUUCCCGGUGCAUCCAGCCAUGUGCAAGCCUAAUUUAGCGUAUGAGCUUGCAUGCGAGCCCGGUCUCACGGCUUCCACCCAGCCCGCCGCCUUGGCGGCUCUACCAUUCGCCCAUAGCCUCUUCGAACAGAGCGCCGCGCUGCUGGCGCAGCUUCAGGCCGAAAAGCCGUGGAAACGCAACCCGAACUAUUUCCAAAAGGCUUACAUAUCCUCUCUCGCAUUGAUGAAGAUGACCAUCCACGCCCAUUCUGGCGGCGAUAUCGAGGUGAUGGGCAUGAUGCUCGGUAAGCUUGUCGCGGGGGGCAUUGUUGUGUUGGAUGCCUACGCCUUGCCCGUAGAAGGAACCGAAACCAGGGUCAAUGCGCACGAAGAUAGUUAUGAGUUCAUGGUGCAAUACCUCGAGAGCUAUAAUAAGACUGCAGGUAGGGAUGGUGACCGUAUUGUCGGCUGGUACCAUUCGCACCCGGGCUACGGCUGCUGGCUCUCGGGGAUUGAUGUUGCGACGGAGAAGUUGCAGCAAAAGUUCCAGGAUCCAUUUUUGGCGGUGGUGAUCGAUCCGCACCAGACAAUGAGGCAAGGGCGAGUAGAGAUUGGCGCGUUUCGGACGUACGAAGACGGCACGCGCGACACAGGCACGCACACAGCGGGGACUCUGAAGGGCACCCGGGCGCCUAAGAUCCCAAAGUCUAAAGCGGAGGACUUUGGUGCGCAUGCUGACGAUUACUACGCCCUCGCGGUCGAACUAUUUAAGUCUGAAGUUGACAAUGCCGUGUUGGAGACCUGUGUGGCCACCUCUUGGACCGCGGCCCUCGCAGAAACGCCCCAGACCAGCCAGAUGCGCGGCUUGACCGAAAGUGUGGCUGGGUAUGUCCUGGCGCUGAAGGAUACUCGUGCCCUUGGUGUUGCCCAUUCUCUCAAAGAGACACUGAGGGGUACUCUUGCCACGCGCGUGGAGGAUAAUUUAUCGUUCGGGCAGGGCGAGAUGAGUGACGGUGACGACAAACACAUUUCCGAUGUGUUUGACAUGGACUCUGAGAGCGACGUCGGAUCGGGGCCGGUGCGACUGCGGGUGCACCGCUUGGCCGGACGCGGCAUGAAGCGCCCGCCGGGCGGGCAUGCCUUAGAAGGUAAGAAGCCAAGGGGUACCGAGAGUACAGUGCCAGUGAAUACCCGGCUCGCGGCCUUGGCCAAGCAGGCGCGUGCGGCUGGUGCCGAUGAAAGCCGUGCUCUCGCAUUUCUCCAGGUCCAGAAGGGUUUGUUCCUACAGGAGAGGAAGUAAAAAUGAAAUCAUGAAUGUCAGAAAGAGUAAAAGCAGAUGUUACCGUGCAUCCUCUUCCUAGGCUUCUCUGACCUUCUAGUUUUUCCGCUUUUAUUAAUUUCUGGUUCUCCAAGAUACUUGCGUUCUGAGUUACUAGUCUUAUUCCAUCUUAUGUGCUUUCUCCCAAACUCCAAGCUCUGCUUUGACGACGCGAAAGCAAGAUGUCAUCCUUAAGUUAGUA